UGGUGAAUCCAAGUCCCGGGCGAAGCCGGGUAGUACAGCUAGUGGCUUAUUUAAACAAAUUGAAAUAUUGUUGAAUAAAUGUAAUAUACUCUAGUAGUCUAGUAGAACUGUUUUGUUGUCAGAUCGUUUUAUCCAGACUACAUUGUGUUUCAACCAGUACAAGGCUUCUUCGAAAUAGGGUUCGGUUUUAAUGAGGGAGGCUCACAGUACCAGUUUAUGUUCCCCGACGAGUUCAUUGUUAUCAUGUAAGGUUCAUAAAUCCAGACCAAUGCAUCCUUAGGUCUCAGGGUUAAUGGCUCAUAAUGCCAACCUUUGGCUCACUUGGAGUUCAGCGUUCGCGGCACAAAUCAUUAUGUAAAUGAUGAUUUUAAAAAAAUACAACAGAAAAAUUGUGCAGACUCGAAAGCCACAAGUAAUUUAUUGUGUGUUUUACUCAUUUGUGCAUGUGUUACGUGAAAGUUAAUGGCUCAUAAUGCCAGACUAAUACUCCCUUAAAGCUCGGCGUUAAUGGCUCAUAAAGCCAGACUAACGCUUCCUAAGGGUUCAUAGAGCCAGACUAAGGCUCCUGUAAAGUGUCCCGUUUGUCACUGUAAUUCUCCGGUCCCCCCCCCCCCUCCAGGAUGGCUUUUUGGACUCACCUGCGUCUGUUGCUGUGGAAGAAUUUUACUUUGAGAAAAAGACAGAAGGUCCGCCUCCUGCUGGAACUAACAUGGCCACUCUUUCUCUUCGUCAUCCUCGUGUUGGUGCGGAAUACCCAACUGCCCUACAGGCAGCACCAGUGCUUCUUCCCCAACAAGCCACUGCCAUCGGCAGGCGCCCUGCCCUGGCUCCAGGGGGUCCUGUGCAACGCCAACAACCCCUGCUUCUCUCAGCCCACGCCCGGAGAGACGCCCGGGCAACUAAACAACUUCGGGGGUGACAUCCAGCACCUGCUCUCCAACGAGACGCAGAUGGAGCGAUUUGACGAGGCCCUGGAGGACGUGCGGGGUCUGAGCCACCUGGCGGAGACUCUGCGCUACCAGCCCGACGUCGUGGCAGGGAGAGGGGUGCGGGUGAGGGAUUUCCUAAGGGAAGAUGAGAACCUCACGUUGUUUAUGCAGAGAGACAUGGGCUUGCCGAGACAAGUAUCCACCGAGAUCCUGGAGAUGCGAGUCCGCCUGGAGCAGUUUGUGGAGGGGAUUCCGUCGCUGUCUCUGAAGGAGAUUGUGUGCGACGAUCAGCUGCUGCGCCGCUUCCUCGUGUUCCGUUGGGCGAGAGCACGUUCCACCGUGCGCUCCGCCCUCUGCUUACUGCCCCAGCCUCGGCUCCAACAGCUGGAGGAUGUCCUCUACGCCAAUGUGGAUUUCUACAGACUCCUGCGGGAGGUGGGAGCCAUGCGGCAGAGGAUGCCCUUUGUGCUGGACGACGUGUCUCCUCGUCUGUCCGCGGACGGCUGGAGGGAGUUCACAUCGCUGCAAAGCUUCACGUCGCUGAGGAGGGAGGCUUCCUUCUUGAACAGCCUGGGCCUGGCUGAGAACACGAGUGACGGCCUGCGUGAGGAGCAGGUUGGGCCGGUGCUGUCAUCGCUUUCAGGUCUCCUGUGCGGACACCCCGAGGCGGGCGGGCGCCAGAUCCUCUCGUUAAACUGGUACGAGGACAAUGACUACAAGACCUUCCUGGGCAUCGAUGAUGACGACGUUGGUGGUGGCAACGACGAGGAGCGGCAGGGAGGCAGACGCCGACAUCAGUAUGACAACUCAACAACCCCGUUCUGUAACGCCCUGCUGCAAAGCCUGCAGACGAACAGCGCGUCACGCUUCGCCUGGACCAUGCUCCAGCCACUGCUCCAGGGCAAGAUCCUGUACUCGCCGGACACGCCAGCCACCCGCAGCAUCAUGCACGAGGUAACCGCACUGUCACCGAUGCCGCCACAGCCGCCACUGCUGCUGUUGCUGCUGGCGGUGGUGGAGGCAAACCGCACAUUCGCAGAGCUGGAGAUGAUCUACAAGUUCGGGCUUGCGUGGGAGGAGGUCGCGCCCCAGAUCUGGGACUUCCUCAACAGCAGCUUGGCCCUGAGGCUACUCAGAGAGACCUUGGGGAACGUUGCGGUGGCCACCUUCGUCGACUCCCAACUCUCGGACACCGGGCUGGAUGCCAGAACCAUUGCCGACUUCCUCUCUGCGGGUCCAUCGAGGGAGCGAGGCAAUGGCACGGCGCCGGGGUGGAGGGAGAUGUUCACGGUGGUGGACGUCGCCAUUCGCUCGCUCACCCGUUUCCUUGAGCAGCAGCACAACUCACACACAUACCGUACACACGAACCCUUAAAUACACACAUGAAAACUUCGCCGGCCUCACUCAGUAGGCGCUCGCUAAAUCUGCGCUCACCAAACGUGUGGCAGUGCAUGGAGCUGGACAAGCUGGAGGGGGUGCAGGACGAGCCCGGGCUGGAGCGCCGGGCACUGGAGCUGCUGGAGGAGCAGAAGCUCUGGGCCGGCGUAGUCUUCCUGGACCUCUUCUCUCCCUCCGCCUUGCCGCAGCACCUGCGCUACAAGAUCCGCACCGACAUCGACCGCAUCGAGAGGACAAGCAAGAGCCGAGACCGCUACUGGGACCCGGGCCCUCGCGCAGAUGCAGCUGAGGACAUGAGCUACAUCUGGGGUGGCUUUGCGUACCUGCAGGACAUGGUAGAGCGCGGGAUCGUGCAGGCGCAGACGGGCGCGGCCACCAUUGGCCUCUACCUGCAGCAGAUGCCGUACCCCUGCUUCGUCGAUGACGUCUUCACCAAGUCCAUCAGUAACAUCCUGCCCAUGUUCAUGACGCUCGCGUUCAUCCUGCCCGUGUGCCUCACCAUCAAGAGCAUCGUCUGGGAAAAGGAGUGCCGCCUCAAGGAGGUGCUGCGGGCCUCGGGCCUAGGCCGCGGCACGCUGUGGGCCGCGUGGUUCAUCGACAGCGCGCUCAUAAUGGUCGUCUCCUGCACCCUCCUCGCCGUGAUCAUCAAGUACGGGAAAGUGCUGCAGUACAGCGACCCUUUGGUGCUCUUCCUGUUCCUGACGGUGUUCGCCAUUGCGACCGUGUCGCAGUGCUUGCUGCUCAGCGUCUUCUUCUCCAGAGCCAACCUCGCAGCGGCGUGCGGAGGCCUCGCCUAUUUCCUGCUCUACCUCCCGCACAUCCUGUGCUUCGUGUGGCAGGACUACUUGACCUUCCCCAUCAAGAUGGGAGUCAGUUUACUUUCGACCGUAGCCUUUGGCUUUGGAUGUGAAAGCAUCUCCCGCCUGGAGGAGCAAGGAAUCGGAAUCCAGUGGCACAACCUGGCAUCGAACCCGGCGGCCGGAGAGUCGUACACCCUGCUCAUAUCCCUGCUGAUGAUGCUGUGCGACGCGGUCCUUUAUGGCAUCCUCACCUGGUACAUCGAGGCCGUGUUCCCAGGACAGUACGGAGUCCCCAAGCCGUGGCAUUUCCCGUUCACGAGCUGCGUCGCCACGCUGAGCCCUCAGUCCCCACAGGGGACGACCUCCUCCAAACCCAUGGCUGGUGAGCCUCACCCGGCGGGGACUCUACACGUGUACGCGUACAGCCCCUUGUUCAAUCCACUGCUGGAUGAGGGGGGCCUCCCCCACCACGCCGUUGCAGCUUGUGUGGGUUAUUCGAUAACCUACGCCGCCGCUGGUCGGUGUGCGUUUGGUGAAGGUGGAGAGCAGAGGCGUGGGAGCGUACAAGUACCUUUGUCUAACGCUGUUGUAUCGGACGUGUGUUUCGGCUACACGCAUUUACCUUUGUCUUUCUCUCCGCCUUCAUGUUUCUCCGCCUCAUCUUCUCAAACUGCAACAAAAUCGUCAGCAAAAGGAAGUUCGGCCACGGGUCCUGCAACCAUUGCCACGACAAACAGAAAAGGCUCGAAGCAGCCAGAGGCCAGCCAGGGUGAGAAAGUGGCACAGAAAGGGGGUGGCCAAGAAGAGAGGAAUUCUGGGGAAAAUGGCGGUGGUGACAAGGGAAAUCCUGGGGGAGGAGGCGGCACUGAGAAAAGGGAUUCUGGGAAAAGGGGCAACCGUGAAGCAGAGGUUUCUGGGACAGCGGUCAAUCAUGACAGGCGGGUGGCAUGGUCAGCUGAGGAGCGGGCAUCCAAGAAGGGAAAAAGGAGUGCCCGGUGUUCCCAAGGGAAGGGCCAAGGAAGCGGUGGAAUGAGCCGGAGCAAGGAGAAAAAGUCCACAAUGAAGGCAACAAAACGAACAAACGCUCAACCCGACGGACAUCUGAACAGGGAGGAGGUCCUUGUCGAGGAGGAGUCAGUGGAGCUCACACUGGGAGUGAGCGUGCAGAGCCUGGUGAAGAAGUACUCGACGAUGAAGCGCCCGGCUGUUGACGGGCUGAGCCUGAAUUUCUACCAAGACCAGAUCACGUCCUUCCUGGGGCACAACGGAGCAGGGAAGACAACGACCAUGUCCAUCCUAACGGGGCUCUUCCCCCCGACGUCCGGCACGGCCCUCAUCUACGGCAAGGACAUCCGCACAGAGAUGGAGUCGAUUCGGAGCAGCCUUGGCACCUGCCCCCAACACAACGUGCUCUUCAACCAGUUGACCGUGGAGGAGCACAUCUGGUUUUACGCGCGGCUCAAGGGCUGCUCAUCAGAAGACGCGAAAGAGGAGGUGGAGCGCAUGCUGGAGGACACAGGGCUGCUGAUGAAGAGAGCCGAGCAUGCGGAGAACCUGUCCGGUGGGAUGCAGCGGAAGUUGUCGGUGGCGAUGGCGUUUGUGGCUGGCUCUCGGCUCGUGAUUCUGGACGAGCCGACCGCCGGAGUCGAUCCCUUCGCUCGCCGUGGCAUCUGGGAGCUCCUACUCAAGUACAAACAUGGCCGCACCAUCAUCCUGUCGACUCACCACAUGGACGAGGCGGAGACGCUGGGCGACCGCAUCGCGGUGAUAGCGCGCGGGCGGCUCCGGUGCUGCGGCUCCCCCCUCUACCUGAAGUCCUGCUACGGCACGGGCUACUACCUCACCGUGGUGCGCAGCAGCGCCGACGUGGUGGGCCCGAGUGGAAAGGGCCAGCAGCAACCGGCAGAAAUGCCGGGGAAAAGCGGCGGAGGUGGUGGCGGUGGAAACUUGGAUACUAACGAAGACGAGGUGAAACUUGCACUUGUUGAAUCAUGCGCUUGCAUCCUCAGUCACUCGUUCUGUCUUUCCUUCACUCAUUUGCUUUCUCGGCUGAUCACUCAUUCACUUGUUUACUUUUUCACUUGCUCAUUUACUCAAUCGUUUGCCAACUCAACCUUUAACUCACUCACUGCCUCGUUAUUAAAUUUGCUCACUCAUGCAUGUUAUCUCUCGCUCACUAACUUAUUUACGAGGUCACACACUCAUUCACCCACCCAGCAGGAGGAUGAGUAUGCCGGCAGGUUGCCAUCGGCAACGGAGGCGUUCUGCUGGAAGCACAGGGACACUAGCGAACCUCUCACCACUGUGGCGCCCCCCCCCCCCCUCCCAGGCGAGGUCCUGAUUCUGCAGAACCUCGUGGAGAGGCUGGUGCCCGGUGCCCGCGUGGUGGAGAACGUGGGCCAGGAGGUGACGUUCAUGCUGCCGUACACCGGAGCCCGCGACGGCUCUUUCGCGCUCCUCUUCAGCCACCUCGACUCGAAGCUCGAGGGCCUGGGCAUCUCCAGCUAUGGGGUCUCAGACACCACCAUGGAGGAGAUUUUUCUAAAAGUGGCAGAGGAUCCGAGCCUGGAGACCGAACACAAAGAUGAAGGUGUCUCCACGAAGGGCAAAUGGAGGUGGUGGAAGGAGAAGAACAUCCUGUCGCCGUCCAAGACGAAGGAGGACAUGGACAUUGAGCUGGAGAGGAGACUGGAGGAGAAGAAAGCGAAACGGCAAAAAAAACUGAACCUGGGAGGAGGCGGCAGUGAUCACAUGAUUACUGGAGGACCACUGGCAUGGCAACAGUUCCGAGCGCUCAUCAUCAAGAGGUUCCAUCACACGAGACGGAGUCGCAAGGGAUUCCUCUCACAGAUCAUCCUUCCCGCCGUCUUCGUGUGUCUGGCUCUCGUCUUUACAAUGAUCGUUCCUCCGUUCGCCGAUUACCCGGAGCUCGAGCUGCAGCCCUGGAUGUACCCGGAGCAGUUCACCUUCUACAGCGAUGAUGCCCCCAACGACCUGACAACGCAGAAGCUUGUCGCCGCGAUCCUAGACCCACCCGGGCUCGGCACGCGGUGCAUGAUAGGAUACAGCAUUCCGAACCUUCCAUGCCAACCUCGGAUGCCCGUGUGGGAGACUCCUCAGGCAUCUCAAGCUGCCGUAGAUGCCCUAAAUGAGGGCAACUGGACAUUCGAGGACCCCUCCCCGAGCUGCCGGUGCAGCACUCCGGAGCGGCUCACCAUGCUGCCUGAUUGCCCGCCAGGAGCCGGAGGACUACCACCCCCACAGGCAAGACGAGGUUUAGCCGAGUCUUCAGCUAAACUACCAAAAUUAAAUAAAGUUGGAGACAGCGCUUCAGCGAGGUCACGAGGUGCAGUGCACCAUGGGUGCCGCGGCGUCUUGCUCAACAAGAGUCGGUGCGCGACAGGGAGCAUGAUACCCGCGGUUGUGGUCUCUUUCACCGUUUCCCCUCCCUCUCAGAUGCUGCAAAGCACCACGGACACCCUUCAGAACCUGACCGGGAGAAAUAUUAGUGACUAUCUCGUAAAGUCCUACGCUGACUUCAUAGAGAAGAGCCUAACGAGGAAAUAUUGGGUCAACGAGCCGAGGUACGGAGGCUUCUCGCUAGGCCAGAAGAACGAGCAGAGAGACGUGAACGCCACGGCACUGAGGAGGCUGUUCCAGCAGGCAGGGGGGUUCCUCAACAUCACAGCCGGCCCAGCAAUAGAGGAAGCCUCACUUAACCUAGAGGGCUUCAUCCAGGCCCUUGGGCCCACAGACAACGUUAAGGUUUGGUUCAACAACAAGGGCUGGCAUGCCAUCGUCGCCUUCAUCAACGUCGCGAGCAACGCGGUGCUGCGAGCGCGGCUGCCCGAGGGUAAAGACCCGCGUCGGUUCGGCAUCACGGCCUACAACCACCCGCUAAACCUCACCAAGCAGCAGCUCACCGAGGUCGCCAUGCUGAUGUCGUCGGUGGACGUGAUGGUUUCCAUCUGCGUCAUCUUCUCCAUGUCCCUCAUCCCGGCGAGUUUUGCGGUGUUCCUCGUCCAGGAGCGGGCGUCCAACGCCAAGCACCUGCAGUUCGUGAGCGGUGUCAACGCCUACGUUUACUGGCUCGCCAACAUUACCUGGGACAUGUGCAACUACAUUCUGCCGGCGAUCAUCGUGGUGGUCAUUUUCCUGUCCUUCCAGCAGAAGGCCUACGUUUCCGAUCGCAACUUGCCGGCCCUCAUCCUCCUGCUGCUGCUCUAUGGGUGGUCGAUCACGCCGCUCAUGUACCCGGCCUCCUUCGUGUUCACGGUGCCCAGCACGGCGUACGUGGUGCUGACGUGCGUCAACUUGUUCAUCGGCAUCAACGGCAGCAUGGCCACAUUCAUCCUGGAGCUCUUCAAGGGCGACGAGACUCUGACCCGCGUCAAUGACAUCCUCAAGUCCGUGCUCCUCAUCUUCCCGCACUUCUGCCUGGGACGAGGACUCAUAGACAUGGCGACCAACCAGGCACUGGCAGACGCGUCUGAGCGCUUUGGUGAGAACCGCUUCAAGGAGCCGCUGUCAUGGGACAUGGUCGGCAAGAAUCUGUUCGCGAUGUUCAUUGAGGGCAGCGUCUUCAUCGUCCUCACGCUGCUCAUCCAGAAGAACUUCUUUAUCCGCCCACGGUCGAUGAAGCUGAAUCUGCCUCCCAUCACGGACGAGGAUGUUGAUGUUGCUGCGGAGAGGAAACGUGUGAUGGAGGGAGACACAUCAACAGACAUCCUCACCAUCAACGAACUCACAAAGGUUUACAAGAAGAAAGGUGCUCCGGCUGUGGACAGGAUGUGCGUUGGGGUGCGACCAGGGGAGUGCUUUGGUCUGCUGGGCGUGAAUGGUGCCGGCAAGACGAGCGCGUUCCGCAUGCUGACAGGCGACACGCACGCGACGGCCGGGGACGCACGCCUCGAGGGCUACAGCAUUCUGUCUCAGCUGAGUUCGGUUCAGAGCCGCCUGGGCUACUGCCCCCAGUUCGACGGGACCGAUGAGCUGCUCACGGGCCGGGAGCACCUCCAGCUUUACGCUCGCUUGCGCGGGGUGAGGGAGGAGGACCUCGAGAGGGUGGUUGAAUGGGCGGUGUCCACGCUGGGCCUCAUCUACAUCGCCGAUCGUUCCGCCGGCUCAUACAGCGGAGGCAACAAGCGCAAGCUCUCCACCGCCAUCGCUCUCAUCGGCAACCCUCCCCUCGUCUUCCUGGAUGAACCGACGACGGGCAUGGACCCCAAAGCUCGGCGCUUCCUGUGGAACUGCAUUCUGGCCAUCGUGCAAGCGGGCCGGUCGGUGGUGCUCACAUCUCACAGCAUGGAGGAGUGUGAAUCUCUGUGCACACGCAUGGCCAUCAUGGUGAGCGGAACGUUCAGGUGCCUGGGCAGCGUCCAGCACAUCAAGACACGCUUUGGCGAAGGGCACACUCUGGUGAUACGGCUCGCUGCUGGCACUCCUCCUGCUGCUGCUGUUACCGCGGAUCCUGCUGCCGCAGAUACUGCCGAUGCUGCAGCUGCUGACCCCGCUGCCGCCGUCGCCGCCGCUGCUGCUGCUGCAACGCGAGUGGCGGAGUAUGUGUGCAAGCGAUUCCCACGCACGGAGUUGCGCGAGCGCCACCACCGCACCAUGUACUUCCACUUGCCGGGCGCCAUCACGACUCACGGCGCGAGUGGCGCCUCUGCGGGUGCCACCGCCACGGCCUCCGCGUGCGCCACUCUCUCCACCAUCUUCGCGGCGCUAUCAGAGAACCAGCAGCAGCUGGGCAUCGCCGACUUCUCCGUGUCGCAGACCACGCUGGACCAGGUGUUUGUGAGCUUUGCCAGGCAGCAGUGGACCGACCCAGUGGAUGAAGAGACAGGGAUGUGAUCCAACUCCACCACCUUCCACCGAGCCGGAGGGGAAGGGGCACUGGCGGAGCCAGUGGGGUGGCACGUGCCCCCCAAUGAUCUGAUCGAAGUCCCUAAUUUCGAUCGGAUCAUU